UUUUCAUUGAGUAGGUGGGGGGAGGAGACAGAGGCAGACCAAAGUAUAAAAGAGGCACAGACCUGAAAGCACUCAAACUGCACACGACAUCCACAGUGAUAAAACAAAGACAAAACAACCAAACCUAAAGGACUUUAUCACAACUGAGCCACAAUGGAAACAGAGAAAAAGACAGUGACCGCAGCAGAGCAGAUGACUGACAGGGAUCUGUCCGAACAAAUCAAAAAGGUGACUAAAGAGAGUCACGUCCGAGCAGAAAACACAGAACUGAUGCUGAGCUUCCAGCGGGGGAUGGUCUCACUUCCACAAUAUAAGCUCCUUUUGUGUUCCCUUCAUGAGAUCUACCUGUCUUUGGAGGAAGAGCUGGAUAGGAACGCCACACACCCCGGUGUCGCACCCAUUUUCUUCCCCGCUGAAUUGGCCAGGCUGGAGUCCAUCGAGAAGGACCUGGAAUUCUUCUACGGUCAUGACUGGAGAGAGAAGAUUGUGGUUCCUGCUGCAACUAAAAGAUACGCUCACAGACUCCGGCAGAUUGGUAGAGAAAACCCUGAACUUCUAGUUGCCCAUGCUUACACCCGUUACCUUGGCGACCUGUCUGGAGGACAAGUUCUCGGUCGUAUCGCACAGAAGUCUAUGGGGCUAAAAGGCAGCGAGGGUCUGUCUUUCUUUGCCUUUCCCGGAGUUUCCAGCCCCAACCUGUUUAAGCAGCUGUAUCGCAGCCGGAUGAACAGCGUGGAGCUGACAGAAGAAGAGAGGAACGGCGUGCUGGAGGAGGCCGUCCGGGCCUUCGAGUUAAACAUCCAGGUUUUUGAAGAUUUACAGAAGAUGCUGAGUGCCACUGAAAACAAGCCGCUUGACUGUGUAAUUCACUCCAAACCUGGAACAGCCAAAACACUCCAGAUACCAGAAAUCCUCAGCAGCUCCCGUCUGAUCCGGAUGGUGCUGGGAAUCUCUGUAGCUCUGGCUACACUCAGCAUGGGCAUCUAUGUUUUAUAGAGGUAACACUUCAAAAAAGGAUUUAAUUGACUUUUGAUAAUUGUUUUUUGUUUUUACAGCAUUAAACUCUGAUUGGAUUAUGGUUAUCCAUUAUUAUCAAGUUUUAAAAAUUGUUCAGUUUAAUUAAAAAAUCCCGUCUGAGAUGUAUGUAUGUACACUAAAUGUAAAGACUUGAACCCUUCUGUUUUCUUGGGCACUAGCAAGGAUCGUGCAAUACUGUAAACAUUGUAAAUACAUGCCUUUUUAAAAAAAAAAUAAUAAUUAAAAGAUUUGUUGUUGGAAAAUGCUUUUCUGUCAUUUGUACAUUCAGCUGGUGGAUAUUUUCUAACAUGGCACCUGCUUUUUUUUUUUGCCAUCG